AUGACGUCCCGCGCUGCCAUUACCAGCCCCGUUCCCGUCGCAUCUGCACCGUCCGAGUUUCGUGUCUCCUCUACCGAGAGGCGACGCAGCGAUAUGCCUCCCGUGGCGCCUCCCCGCACGUCCUCGACGAACCAUGCCUCAUCCAACCCUCCCAGCAGCUCCCGAAGACGUGAACAUGCAAACGACAGGACUGCUCCAUCGCCGCGACGAGGUGAACCCGAGUCUGCAAGGGCAGAGGUCAACGGUGCCGAUUCUUCGUACGGCGAAGCUUCUUCGUCACGAAGCCGGAGGGCCCAGCCCCCGCACGACCCGGCUUACCGGCCGGGCAGCUCCCGCGAUGCCCGCCAAUCUGGCCAACAGACGACAGUUCCCAUCCGAUCCCACGCCCCUUCUCAGUCAACGUCCUCACCGAAGCAACCAUCGCGCGAAGCCAGCGAGGUUCUGAACCGUAUCAUUGUAUCACAGCCCGAGACUGAUGUCCAACGCGAGAAGGAGCGUCUUGCCGAGGCUGUGCCUCGCCAGUCGAUUGACGACGCGGCACCGCCUGCUAUUGUCGCUGCUUCGGAGCAGGACGACAGCCGGCGCGCCGGCAGGAGCCGCCAAGAUCAUUCAAAGAGCAACAAGGCUGUAAAGUUUGGCGAUUACAUCCUCGGAAACACCAUUGGAGAAGGUGAAUUCGGGAAGGUGAAGCUCGGCUGGAAGCAAGACGGCGGCACGCAGGUUGCUAUCAAGUUGAUCAAGCGAGACAAUGUGGGCAACAACCCCUCCAGGCUGGCCAAGAUUUAUCGUGAAAUUGCCAUCCUCCGCGGCAUCUCGCACCCCAACAUUGUUCGCCUGCACGAAAUGGUCGAGACUGAGCGACAUAUCGGCAUCAUUCUGGAGUAUGCCUCUGGAGGAGAGUUAUUCGACUACAUCCUGAAUCAUCGCUACCUGAAAGACAACGCCGCGAGGAGACUGUUCGCUCAGCUCGUCUCAGGCGUUGGCUAUCUCCAUAAGAAGGGCAUUGUCCACCGAGACCUUAAGCUCGAGAAUCUGCUGCUCGACAGGAACCGAAACAUUAUCAUCACCGACUUUGGAUUUGCCAACACAUUCGAUGCCGAGGAGGAAUUAAAUCAAGAAGAAGAGCUUAAUCUGAGCGACAGGGAAUUCGUCAAGAGAGCUGGCCUAGACAAGGUCAAAGCCAAUGGCACGAGGAAGGGUGAUUUGAUGCAGACAAGUUGCGGCAGUCCUUGUUACGCAGCUCCCGAGUUGGUUGUCAGCGAUUCCUUAUAUACGGGACGCAAGGUUGAUGUCUGGAGCUGCGGUGUGAUCCUUUACGCCAUGCUGGCUGGAUACCUGCCCUUUGAUGAUGACCCUGCCAACCCCGAAGGCGACAACAUCAAUCUGUUGUACAAGUAUAUCGUCAACACGCCUCUGACCUUCCCCGAAUACGUCACGCCGCAUGCCCGCGACCUGCUCCGACGAAUCCUAGUUCCCAACCCUAGAAAGCGAGCGGAUCUAUUCGAGGUGGCGCGGCACAGCUGGCUGAGCGAAUACGCUCACGUUGUGGAGUUCAUUACCAGCAGCACCACGACGCCCGGCGAGAUCCAGAACACAACUGUUCCGGCUGAGGACGACAAGCCCAUGGUCGCGCGUAGCGCAUCUGUCCGCGAGCCUUCAAAAUCUUCCAAAGCAUCCGGCCCCACGUCGGUGGGAGGCCUGGCCUCCAAACAUGGCAAUAUCGACCCCGAAGCCGAGAACGCCAGCGCGAAACCGACCCAAGCCAAGGAUUCGAAGCGUCGCACCGUACAGGUCGAGUACGUUGCGCCGACCACACAAACGCAGCGCGGAGAAGCUGCCGCGCAAUCUCCCGGCCGAGGCAAGUCGAGAGCUCGUUCAAGCAGCCAAGGGCCCGUCGAGGUCAACAAUAGCCCGAAGGAUAAACCCCUUCCCCGCGACCCACCAGUCUCAAAGGACAGUUAUUCCAAGUCGAGCCGACAGAACACGAGGCCCCCGAGCGCUUAUCGCAACAACAACGUACCAGCAACUACGAGGCCUGGUCGCGAUACCCGUUCCACAUCCGACAAUGUGUAUAUGACGACCGGCGGACGACCGCAGACGGGAGGAUCCAUGACUUCGUCGGGGUCCAUGGGCCUUGGCAGUGGUGCUCGCGCCUCGUAUGGCCAACCAAUCCCUCCCUCGGUUGCGGGCACAAACGUGCAUGGUAGCAUCCAGCAGCCCAACGCACACGAAGCGCAGACUAUGGGACACCCCAGCGUCAGCGCCGUUCCUCCUAAGUUCGCCCGCGUAUCUGGUUUUGAGCAUGGCAGUGAGAAGCCUGUUCCUUCGCCGACCAGUGAAGGCAGGGGUCACCGACGAUCCAGCACUCUCACAGAUAUCGGCUCCAAGCUCCUCGGACGCAAUGGAUCCAUGUUUGGUGGUAAGAACAAGAGGCGGUCCGAGCACCCGAGCGAGGAUAAAUCGAGGAAGUACCCGCCCGUCAGCAUGCCCAACAACAUACCUGGCAAUGGUGAACCCCGAGCCUCGAUAGAUUCGAGAGCGUCGCGCCGGUCCUUCUCCAUGGGGUUCGGCAAGAAGCGCAGCGGUAGCAUCAGCGGUUCUCAUACAUCCCUGGAGAAGCCUCAGAACCCUAGACGAUUCUCGCUGCUUCCGCAGUCUUUUUCUAGGGCCAUGGGCAUCAACAAAGACUCUGGAAGCCCCCCGCCCGACUCUCAGAUGUCUCAACAAGACCUUCCCAUCCAGGAUCCUGCUGAGAUGGACGACCAAAGAAGAUACGGCGAUCGGCCAGUGCAGUCCCGUGGCCAGGCCGGUUACUUUGAUGGCGCCGAGUACGACUCGAGUUACCAGCGCAAUCAUGAGCAGCCACAUUCCCACUCGGAGCCGAUGCUGCAGCAGCAAUCGUACCAACCUCGUGCCUCUUCACAAUAUACUCGCCAGGCCAAUGCCAUUCCUCCGCACAUGCAGCAGCAGCAGCAACAGCAAGGAUCCGUGCUCAACACGGGCUCCGACUCUUCUUUAGAGAGCCAGCAGCACCGUAGACAGGGCAGCGUGCCGUACCAAGCGGGUGGCUUUUCCGAAUCAGAUGGCUAUGACGGGCGCAAGCCCCUCGGCGCUAGAAACAACCGCGGCUUCUUGCAGAAGCCCAAUAAGAAGUUUACCGACGCCUACGAUCAAGACAACUAUCAUCAUGGCCACGAGGGCAGCAGUGGUGCGGCCAAACGGGUCAUGGACUUCUUCCGCCGGCGUGGCAAGGCGAGAGGUGGCGAGGAGAGGUAG